AUGUAUGUCCGCAAGCGAUUCGAGGUCAUCCGAAACUUGGAAAAGGAAUUUGGUGUUCAGGGCAAAACGCCCACCCUUGUUUCUAUCAAAUGCCUCGUUGAUAGGCUCGGGGUCAACAAUCCAUUCGGCAAAAAGGAAGACUUUGACACAAAAAUCAAAGAAAACUACAGGGGAGAUGAACGCCUCUCCUACUUGGGAGUCAAUCUCAAGAAAGGAAGUGUUGCAGAUGUAGUCAGACAGACCCAGACUGUCUUGGAUGGGUGCAAAUUCAACGAGUGCUUUAUGCAUGGUACCACUGCCACAGAACUGGAAGAAAUUUUUGCUGACAAUCUUCGACUAGACCACUCGUACGCUGCUCGCAAUGUGAAACACGAUUUUGGCCAGGGUGUCUACUGUUUCAAGGGCCAGUUGAAAUGGGCGCUUUACUUUGCAAUUGAUUGCUGUUGGCAAGGCUCACUUCCGGAUGAUCCCAACUCCCCUGAACCUCACUCAGACGGCAACCCUGCAAUUGUUGUAUGUCUGGAGCCAUUCCAUAUUGAAGAUGAUCAGAUCUUCCAAGUUGGCUCAAAGAAACCUUUUACCGAUGAGGAGCUGAAGAAACGUCUUCCAAGAAGCUUUUCCUCGUUUGCCGAGAAGAGAGAUUCCUGGGAAAAGGUUUCGGACGAAGAACAAAACUGGAAAGAGUUUGUCAAGCUUGCCCGUACUUAUGGGACUCGGCCGAAAGAUUGCGUGUACUAUGUGGGCUGGCUCCAUGAUUGCUACCGCACAACGGCGACGGACAAGUGCGCUGAACCAGUCAUUGAUAAAGAUCGAUGGGAACAGUACUGUUUCAGUAUGGAAGAUUUUCUGGGUGAAAACUUUCUGUUCAUUGAAUUCAACGUGAAUUGGAAUGAGUGGCUCGACCAUGAUGUCGACGUUUCAAUUCAGAAAGCAAGUUGA